GUGGGUGUGAAUCUGAAUAUGCGCUCCAAUAUCCACCGUGAAAAUGCCGCUGACUGAGUAGCUACAGAUCUAUGUACGAUGUCCUGAUUCUGAAGGCUCAUCAUUCAGAAUUGCUCUUUCACAGUAGUCCCAAGUAAACAUCAUGGCAUGCAUUUAUGGAAACAUCAUGAAAACAGACACCACCGGUGCAUCACAGGAAACAGCUAAUCAAGACAGAUUAAACGUAGAUGGUGUUAAAGCCUCCGAAAAACUAGCUGAGACUGAUCUGGACCGGAUGAAGAACUACAAGAGUAUGAUCACCAAAGUUGCCAGAGCAAAGCAGAUGGACCCAGCUGUGAUUGCUGCCAUCAUAUCCAGAGAGACCAGAGCUGGAAACGUCCUGAAUAAUGGAUGGUCUGAUCAUGGCUAUGAAUUUGGCCUCAUGCAGAUUGACAGGCGCUUCCACACUCUAGAUCCACGCGUUGCAUGGGACAGUGAGGAGCAUAUCACACAAGCUACAGAGAUACUCAUUAGCUUCAUAAAAGAAAUUAAGGCAAAAUUUCCCAUGUGGUCCCAAGAGCAAUGCUUUAAAGGGGGAAUAUCAGCCUACAAUGCAGGUGUGAGUACCGUCAGUUCAUAUGAGAAUAUCGAUGCCAGGACCACUGGAAAAGACUACUCCAAUGAUGUUGUCGCCAGAGCCCAGUGGUUCAAAAGCAAGGGUUACUGAAGAAGAAAAGCCUUAAAUUAGUAUAAGGAGUAGGCCUACAACCACUCAAGAUUAUAAGUCUUUAUUUUUAAUAACCAUUUUAAGAGUUUGUAUUUUCAAAAUAUGACAAUAUUAAUGCAGUGAAUUUCCUGUAAUGAUGGUAAUAAAAAUCAUCUAUUUACUCAAA